UCAAAUUAUUUGAAAUUUUGGGGGACCCAGAUUUUGGGUCCUGAGACCUCCUUUGGGUAAUUCCAGAUGCUUGGCCCUUCGUCCAUCUCCCUUCCCCAUCUGAUGCUCCAUUGGCGUGUGAGAACGGGAGUGCCUUUAGGGAGAAAAAUAGGAAAAUCUAGCUCUUGCUUAAGCCUAAAAGCUAAUUCAUUCCUCAGUUCAUAUGACUGGCAUUUUCUGAGCGCACACUCUGUGGUUAGGCACCAGGUACAGAUGUGGAGGCGACACGGUGCCUGCCCAGGAGCUGGAUGCAGUGACCACAGCUCAAGGGCAAUUUGCAUAUUUCUCCGAAGAACCAUCCAGAACCUGAGCAGCCUGUCUUCAAACAGAAAGAGGCCCACGGCUGUUUCUUGAAAUCUGGGGCUGGGAAUGGCCACGUGGAACAGGCCAUGCCAGAAACUGCCGCAGCGGCCUCUGGUAGCUGAACCCACUGCAGGGGGGGAGCCACACCUGCCCAUGGGCCGGGAGCUGACUGAGGCCAACCGCUUCGCCUAUGCUGCCCUCUGUGGCAUCUCCCUGUCCCAGCUAUUUCCUGAACCCGAACACAGCUCCUUCUGCACAGAGUUCAUGGUAGGCCUGGUGAAGUGGCUGGAGUUGUCCGAAGCCGUCUUGCCAACCAUGACUGCUUUUGCGAGUGGCCUGGGAGGUGAAGGAGCAGAUGUGUUUGUUCAGAUUUUACUGAAGGACCCCAUCUUGAAGGACGACCCGACGGUGAUCAUUCAGGACCUUCUGAGCGUCUCCCUCAAGGAUGGGCACUAUGAUGCCCGGGCCAGAGUCCUCGUGUGCCACAUGACCUCCCUGCUCCAGGUGCCCUUGGAGGAACUGGAUGUCCUUGAAAAGACAUUCCUGGAGAGCCUGAAGGCAAUCAAAGAGGAGGAAUCUGAUUACAGCAGAAUCCCUGGAGGAGGAGCUUGUUACCGAUACAGAAUGUUUAUCCUUGGACCCAGAGAUUCGGCCCCGGGAAGCUGUGUUUUUAACAGAAUGGCCGAGGCAUCCCGGAAGAAGAAAGAAAACCGGAGGAAAUGGAAGCGUUAUUUCCUGAUAGGCCUGGCGACUGUCGGAGGCGGAACAGUGAUCGGUGUGACCGGAGGUCUCGCUGCACCCCUUGUUGCCGCUGGAGCAGCGACGAUUAUUGGCAGUGCGGGAGCAGCGGCUCUGGGCUCAGCAGCCGGCAUAGCCAUCAUGACCUCGCUGUUCGGUGCAGCUGGAGCUGGCCUGACAGGAUACAAGAUGAAGAAGCGAGUGGGAGCCAUUGAAGAGUUCACGUUUCUGCCUCUGACGGAAGGCAGGCAGCUGCACAUCACCAUCGCCAUCACUGGGUGGCUCGCAUCCGGCAAAUACCGCACCUUCAGUGCCCCGUGGGCCGCCCUGGCCCACAGCCGUGAGCAGUACUGUCUGGCCUGGGAAGCCAAGUACCUGAUGGAGCUCGGCAACGCCCUGGAGACCAUCCUCAGUGGUCUCGCCAACAUGGUGGCCCAGGAGGCUCUAAAGUACACAGUAUUGUCUGGCAUUGUGGCUGCCCUGACCUGGCCAGCCUCACUCCUCAGUGUCGCCAAUGUCAUCGACAACCCCUGGGGGGUGUGUCUCCAUCGAUCAGCAGAGGUUGGCAAGCACCUGGCCCACAUCCUGCUUUCCCGGCAGCAGGGCCGGCGACCUGUCACCUUGAUUGGCUUCAGCCUGGGAGCCAGAGUCAUCUACUUCUGUCUGCAGGAGAUGGCUCAGGAGAAAGAUUGCCAAGGGAUCAUCGAGGAUGUCGUCCUGCUGGGUGCACCUGUGGAGGGAGAAGCGAAGCACUGGGAGCCUUUCCGGAAGGUGGUGUCCGGGAGGAUCAUCAACGGCUACUGCAGAGGAGACUGGCUGCUGAGUUUCGUGUACCGCACAUCCUCGGUGCAGCUCCGUGUCGCUGGCCUACAGCCCGUGCUGCUGCAGGACAGGAGGGUGGAGAAUGUGGACUUGACCUCUGUGGUCAGCGGCCACCUGGACUACGCCAAGCAGAUGGACGCCAUCCUGAAGUCUGUGGGCAUCCGCACCAAGCCAGGCUGCGACGAGAAGGGGCUCUUGCUGGCCCCAGGCUGCCUGCCCACCGAGGAGACUUGCCAGGCAGCAGCUGCCACCUCAUCAGGAGAUAUCCCCCACCACGUUGGGCAAACCCAGGGUCCCACAUCCGGAGACACCUCCAAAUUGGCCAUGUCCACAGACCCCAGCCAAGCCCAGGUGCAGGCAGGGCUGGACCAAUCUGAAGGGGUCUCCCUUUCUGCUGCUGCCAGCCCUGAAAGCACCCCCAUCUGCAGCCAUGGCACGGACCCCAACCCACUGGGCUGCCCCGAUUGUGCCUGCAAGACCCAGGGCCCCAGCCCGGGGCUGGACUGACCACAGCAGGGCACCUGAGCCGUCUUUCCCAAUCUCAGUAUACAGCUCUCUCUUAUACCCUCGGGUUCCUCCUGGGAGCUCUGGAGGUGCGGGAUUUCCACAGGUCUCUUUCCUAAACUGAAGGAAUUGGGACUGAAAGGGAAAGGAAAUGGAAGGAAGGAAAAUUUGGAGGAGAGAACACGCCCACCCUGGGGAAGCUGCCUGUCCCCAGGGAAACCCCACCAGGGAGCAGCCGACCCCUCCUCAGAGACCUGCAGAGUCAACCAAGCACGGGUUAGAGUCCCAGAACUGGAAACCAACGGUGGGCUUUCUGUACUGCUUCUCAUAGCUUUGGAGUCUGGCUGUCCAUCAGGAGGUCCCGAGGGCUCUCUGGGGCUUGAGGCUCCCACACCACCUCUCCCCUGGCCUCAGUAAAACCAGGUGUAUGCGUGCUCUUCCAUCCACACUCCAGGACUGCCCACCAGCUGACAGCCACUAUCAACUGGCAGUAACAGAGCAGGUGCAGGUACAAAGAGGGCGGCUCACUCCUGCUCUUAGGAGAUCCAAUCAGAUCUGCCCUGUACAGCCAUGCAGGCUGUGCACUGCACAACUCCAGGGACAUUAGUCACACAGAUGCAAUGUGAGUGUGCUCCCCCAUCAUGCAACAUCUGGACAUAACUAACAGAGCAUGGUGAAUACUUGCUGAAUUGCUUUCAGUAAGGCUGUGAACUAGGCCUGGGGACAAGAAUGAAUUUUACAUGGAAAGAAUUUCCUGUAGCAGGAACACAGGGGAUAACAACAGUAAUAAAUAAUAAGAAGCUACCACUUCUUGAGCAUGUACCACA